UUGAAUAUUGCAAUAAAAUAAAAGAAGAGAGAGAGAAGCAAAAGCAACUCAUAUAACUUUCAUAACUUGUUGUAACUGUACGAAAAUGCAUUAAUAAAAUAAUAAUAAAAUCAUGUGUGUAAAUAUGCCAACAAAUUGGAUGAAACUGAAAAGUGAGCAGCUUUCCAGAUUAAAGAACGAAGCCAGGAAAGAGAAAACAAGCAGGAUGACGGAGCUGGAGAGCCAGACGAAGGGCAAGGACUACGCAGGACUCGUUGGCUGCACGGCGUUGGCCUUUGUUCUAAACUUAAACACAUUAAACGCUGGAUUUGUCUACGAUGACAGGCGCGCCAUCUUGGGGAAUGCGGAUGUAACUGAAGCUGGAGCUGGGGCGCUGUUUCAGUUGCUGCAACAUGAUUAUUGGGGCACAUCGUUGCUGGAUAGCGGCUCCCAUGGCUCCUGGCGUCCACUGUGCGUGCUGAGCUUUCGUCUCGAUUACCAUUUGGGUCACGGUGAUGCCUUUACCUUCCAUUUGAUCAACCUGCUGCUGCAUUGCCUUGCCACCGUCCUGGUGCUACUUGUGGCACACACCCUGCUGCCCACACGUGCCGCAGCUCGUGUCGCCACCGCGCUCUUUGCCACCCAUUCCAUUCACAGCGAGGCCGUUGCGGGUCUCGUGGGACGUGCCGACCUGGUCGCCUGCAUCGGCUGCCUGCUCUCCUACUUGGCGUAUCAUCAUCACAUGCUCCACAGAAAUGCCAGCUCCUUGGCACUCACACUUCUCCUGGCUCUCCUCUCACUCCUCUCCAAGGAGACGGGCAUUGCGACUCUGGUGCUCUGUGGACUUAGCGAUGUGUUUCGUGGAGUGCAACAGAAAUAUGUGGAUGGAAGAAAGUAAUAAUUAUUUUUUGCUCUUAUUUUCCGUUCACAGCAUCGCCUUCACUCUCUGACUAUUCUGAGCAUUUCCCUGCUCUGUGCUCUCUACUAUCGCCUUUGUCUUGUGCCACGUCCCACUGUCAGCUUCUCAGCUGCGGACAAUCCGACGGCUCAUGAGUCCUGUUGGUGGACACGCACUCUGACAUUCCUGUACCUGCCAGCAAGGAACUUGCAGCUGCUGCUCUGGCCCCAUCAAUUGAGCUUUGACUGGGGCAUGGAGGCCAUACCACGGAUCAGAACACUAUGGGAUGUUCGCAAUCUGCUCAGCGGCGGUUUCUAUGCCACACUCUUGGCUCUGACCUGCAAGGGAAUUCGACUCUGUCGCACCUUCUCCAAUUCCAGCAUGGAUUAUGCGGCUGUUGCAAGUAUCUCGCUGCCGUUGCUGCAACAAUUGGGCGGCAACAGCUGUAGGGCGUGGCAUAAUCUCGUUUGUGCCUGCAAUCAUCAGCUUAAACAACAGUUAUCAGUUAGGAAAACAAACUUCAACAGGAUCAACUCCAACUCCAAUUCAGUCGCCUCGUCUUCUACUGAUUCUACACUUUUCAUAUCCAUUGCAUUUUUGGUUGUGCCUUUUCUUCCCGCCUGCAAUUUGUUCUUCUACGUGGGCUUUGUUUUUGCCGAGCGUUUACUUUAUUUGCCCAGCGUUGGAUACUGCCUGCUCCUUGGCCUCGGUUCGGCACUUGGCAAGCUCUGGCAGCGUCUUCCAGGUCCUAAUCAGCGGCUUUUACUGCUCUGCUGUCUUGGUGUAGUCUUGAGCACCUUCAGUCUGCGCACAGUUCAACGUAAUCGUGACUGGCAAAAUGAGGAACAUCUUUUCCGUAGCGCUAUCGCUAUUAAUCCACCCAAGGCUCUGGGCAAUUUGGGCAGUGUUCUGAGCUCCCAGGGUCGCUUUGAGGAGGCAAAGCAAGCUCUUGAGGCGGCCAUCUUGCAUCGUCCGAAUAUGGCAGAUGCUCACUAUAAUCUGGGCAUGGUGCAACAACAACAAGGUAACUACAGCGCCGCCCUUCCUUUCUACCGUCGUGCCAAAAAACUGCGACCACAGCUGGCAGUGGCAUAUCUCAAUCUUGCCACAUCACUGCUGGCUUGCAACAGCAGCCGGGGGCAUGAGCAAGCUGCUGCUGUGCUGCUGACGGGCGCCAGGUUGCAGGGGCGUGGCGUGCGCGAUCGCAACGCCCACGUGGCGGCACGACACAGUGCCUACCUGCAACUAUCUAUGCUGCACCACUCACGGGGCAAGUUGCAGCAGGCAGUGCAUGUGCUCCACGAGGCACUGUUCAUGCCACAAAGCGUUGCACAACGCGCUGAGCUGCAUCAGCGUCUGGCGGCGUUGCAUGUGGAGUUGCAACAAUGGACAGCUGCCGAGCAGCAGCAACAUUUGGUGUUGCAACUGCAACCAGAGAAUGGUGGCGCCUAUGUGAACUAUGGCCAAAUGCUGGCCAGGAAUUGUAGUCGUUAUAACGAGGCGGAAAUGUGGUUUAAACGCGCCCUAAAACUGUCGCCUUUGGAGGCCAGUGUGCAUCAUCAUUAUGCUGAUUUCCUGGAGCAACAGGAGCGUCCACAGGAGGCCCUUGGAUAUCGCCUGCGUGCCGCCUCCUUGGCACCGCAUAAUUAUGCUCUACACGCGGCCAUUGCGGAUGCACUGCGUCUGUUGCAUCGUCUGGCGGAGGCGGAGGUGUGGUAUCGUCAUGCGGCUGUGUUGCAUCCACAGGCAGCCCAUGCACACGCCAAUCUGGGUGCAAUACUGCAGCUGCGGGGCCAACGGGAACAGGCAGUUGAAUGCUAUCGCAAGGCCUUGCAACUGCAGCCGAGGUAUGCCACAAGUCUCGCCAACCUGGCCAAAAUGGGUGUCAGUAUUGAUGCCAAACCGUAGCAGCGUUUUAGAGAGUGCAACAAAAAUCUCAUGGGUAGCA